GGUCUGUGUUUUUAUUACAGUUUUAUAAACAUGUUGCCGUUCCGUCCUCAUUCUUUCGGCGUGAAGGUUGCCCCAUAACCGAAGCUACCUGGCUUAGUUUGCUUGUAAAUUGAGAAAUAAUGGGUUUUGUGAAAGUUAUCAAAAACAAGGCUUACUUUAAGCGAUUUCAAGUUAAGUUCAAGAGAAGACGUGAGGGUAGAACAGAUUAUUAUGCUCGAAAACGCUUAACAACUCAAGAUAAAAAUAAGUACAACACCCCAAAGUACCGACUUAUUGUACGAUUCACAAACAAAAACAUAGUAUGCCAGAUAGCCUAUGCCAGAAUCGAGGGAGACAAGAUUGUAUGUGCUGCAUACUCUCAUGAACUCCCACGAUAUGGCGUGAAGGUCGGGUUAACCAACUAUGCUGCAGCUUACUGCACUGGUUUAUUAGUGGCUCGACGAUUACUGAAGAAACUUAAUCUACACGAAACUUACACUGGACAACAAGAACCUGAUGGAGCAGAAUACAAUGUUGAAAGUGUUGAUGAUGGCCCAGCUGCAUUUAGAUGUUACCUUGAUGUUGGUCUUAAUCGCACUACAACUGGUGCAAGGGUUUUUGGCGCAUUGAAAGGUGCUGUCGAUGGUGGUCUUGAAAUCCCUCACAGCACCCGUCGUUUCCCUGGAUAUGACGAUGAAUCAAACGAUUACAAUGCUGAUGUCCACCGUGGACACAUAUUUGGCACAAAUGUUGCUGAGUACAUGCGUUCUCUGCAAGAUGAUGAUGAAGAAUCCUUUAAAAGACAAUUCUCUAAAUUUAUCAAGGAGGGAAUAACUGCUGAUAAUCUUGAAGCAAUGUACAAAAAGGCUCAUGCUGCUAUCCGUGCUGAUCCUGAGCACAAGUCAUCUGGCAAAGAAAAGUUCAAGGGAAAGAGAUAUGCUCGCAAGAAGAUGUCUUUGGCCCAACGCCGCGAUAGUGCCAAACAAAAGAAAGACGCUUUCCGCAAGAAAUUGGAAGCAGAAGAUGAAUAAUUUUGUCUUUUAAAAUAAAAAAGUUUUGUGCAAAACCAACAA